AUGGCAUGCUUGAGAGAUAACUUCCAGAAUGGUGUGUUGCUCGAUGGUCGGUACAAGACCAUCUCUCCCCUCAACCACGGGUCCUUCGGCAUGGUCUUCAUGGCCAAGGACUUGCACACCAACGAGACCGUUGCCAUCAAGUGCUUGACCAAGAAGGCAGCUUCCGACGACGCUGGUCUCGACUUCGCUGUCGACGAGAAGUCCGAAGAGCUUACACUUCACGGCCGCCUUGGGGCGCACCCAAACAUUGUCAACCUGCUUCGCUCUUUCGAGACAGAGGCUCACCUCUACAUUGUCCUCGAAUUCUGCCCUCAGGGUGACUUGUACGAAGCCAUUCGGAACGGUCAUGGGCCUCUCGAGACCGAACACGUUCGACAGUUCAUGCUGCAGCUUGUUGACGCGGUCGCCUACAUCCACAACAAGGGUGUGUACCACCGUGACAUCAAGCCGGAGAACAUCUUCCUCACCAAAUCCGGAGCUAUGAAGCUGGGAGACUUUGGUCUCGCUACUACCGAAAACUGGACGCUGGAGACAACGGUUGGCAGCGAUCGCUACAUGGCUCCUGAGCAAUUCGACUCUGCUGGUGCUGGUUAUUCUCCUGCUCAGGCUGACAUCUGGGCCAUUGGCAUCUGCCUUCUCAACAUCCUCUUUUCGCGUAACCCCUUUACCACCCCGACCGAGGCAGACCCGCUUUUCUUGGACUUCUCCCGGGACAAGCAGUCUCUCUUCGACGUCUUCCCGUCCAUGUCGCAGGACACCUAUGAGGUGAUUGUUCAGUGCAUGAACUUGGACCCCAAGAAGAGAUCUCUUGUUGGCGCUCGUGCUGCUCUUCAGCGUGUCGUCAGCUUCACAACAUCCGAGGAGGAUGUUGACGAUUUCUGCUCCGCUGAGCGUUACGUUAUGGCCAGCGCCAACCGCGAGCCUCUACGGACUCCUUCCAUCCAGAGCCCGCAAGUGGAACAAGGUGCUUUCCCCUGGGCCAAGGCCCUCCACGCCAGCCCACCUCAUCCCAUCCGCCAGCUCAGCGCCAUCCCUGACGACGAGAGCUACACUGAGGAUCUCUUUUCCAAGUCUGGGGAAACCUCGGACUGGUUUAGCUCUGUUCAGACUCCUUCGGUCUCCUCGAUGCUUAACUCCAGCCUUGGUGCCUCGAUGAAGUCGCUACACAUUGGUCGCCCCAUUAAGGCGGCGCCCCGGCCCAUUCCCAAGGUUUCUCCAAUGGCCGGCUCCCUUCCGAUCAACAUGGCCAAACCUCGAAGCAAUCUGUCUUCUAUGUCCUUGGUAUUUGGUCGCAAGGAUGUCGUCUCCAAGAGUUGGAGUGACAUGUGGGACGAGGAUGAGGAGGAGGAAGAGGCUGAGGCUGAGCGCACCAGGCAGAUGCAGUCUCUCAAGGAGCUGAACUCCAGGACGUGGAGCCAUGACAGCAAGACUGACGAUUGCGACACUGUUGACGCGACGCCAAUUGCAACUACCCCACAGCGCACCUACCACAACGACACUCACAAAAUUCACAACGACAUCGACAGUGAUCUGGCGGCGGAUGGGUUCUUCUUCCAGGACUCGUCCCCGCCCAAGUCGAAGCUAAUGCUCUCUACUCGGCAGUCGCCCCCUAAGAGGGAUCAGGUUGACAAGUGGAGCGCACUUGGUGAACGCCGCCGGGCGUACACCGGCUCGUCUUACACGCAAAAGUCGGGUGAUUUCGCCCGACAACAACGUGCGCUCGGACUAGGAUUCAAUUCAUACGCAGCGGGAGUUUGGGACCAAUAUGCGAACCACAACAUCCAUCACAAAUCGCCGAAGGAAAAGAUUAAGGAAUGCCCCUGGAAUAAGGGCAGAGAUUGGAAUUAUUGGCGCCGGGAGAAGCGCACUGAUCUCGCAGACGUCGAGUGGGUUGGUGGCUGGCAGGAAGCACAUUCCUAG